UGCAGGGGAGAAGGCAGUUGGGAAGAAAGGAGAGCUGGAGCAGCAGAAAUGAGCCCGGAAAAGCUUCAUCGGGAAAGGGAUGAAGUCGACUGCGUCCUCCUUUCAGCGUCCAAGAUCCUAAAUUCCUCUGAGGGGGCAAAGGAAAGCGGCGGCAGUGGGACAGAAUACGGCUGCAUAGCAGAAUCAGAAAAUCAAGCUCAACCACAGUCGGCACUGAAAGCCCUGCAGCACCAGCUGGAGUCGUUUCAGGCUCUCCGCAUGCAGACUCUGCAGAAUGUCAGCAUGGUACAAUCUGAAAUCAGUGAAAUACUGAACAAAAGUAUUAUUGAAGUAGAAAACCCACAAUUUAGCUCAGAAAAAAGUCUAGUAUUCAACACACACCAUGAAAAGGGCGACUGGAUUGUCAGAGAGGAAAAGAAGGAAAUUCCUGCCCUGAAAACCCUAAAAGGCCCUACAGAGAAUCAAGAAGAAAUCCUCCCUGUGGAGAAAAUUCAUCAUUUUGAGGACUCGAGGGCUCUUCCUUCAAGGGAAGAAAAAUUCAGUAGCGAUAAUGGCGACAGUCUCUCUCCAAGUGUAAAUAUGCCACCCCAGAUACAUUUCAAGGACAUAUUAACUCUGAGAACUUCAAUGGACAAUUCAGCCUCAAACGUAAUUAUGAACACUUCGGAAAAUCCCGACAUGUUGAAGAAUUAUAACAUGUAUAGUUUUCUAGCUAAUGCACCUCCAAAUGUUAUGCCUCAAGCUGAUACAGUAAUUCUGGGUAAUUCCAAAAUUGCUGUGCCUUUCCCCAAGCAGGGAUUCCGUGAAAAUUUAGAUGAUAUUUGCCAUUCUAUCAAGCAAAUGAAGAAAGAGCUUCAAACGUCACAAGACAGGGAACUGGCGCUCACAAAUGAACUCCAAACUUUGAAGAUGGAUACAGAUGUUCAAACUAAUACUCCAUACGGCCUGUCCCCCACUCACAAGGACACAGUUAACUUUAUGAAGGGUGAAAAUGUGGAAAGUAACUUCAACGAAGAUAUAAAAUCAAAGCGAAUUUUAGAAUUAGAGGCAUUAAUCAACAAAUUACUCCCACUCAGGGAAUCAGUGUCAAAAUUCCAUCUGAAUUUUUGUAGAAAAUGUAGAAAACUGUCGAGGAGUGAAACACAUAGGGGAAAGAAGAAUGAGAAAAACAAUAAAGAAAUUCCUAUCACUAACAAGAAUACUGCAGAUUUAAAAUUCCAUUCCAGACUUCCAUUUACACCGUCAUUCUUUGACUCAACAAAAUAUGAAAUGAACGACAAAGAAAGGCAACCACUUGUAGUGAAACGAGGACCAAUAAUAUUUGAAAAUGAGAAAGCAUCCAAAGUCAACUCCAUGACUGAGCAGUGUGUUGCAAAAAUUCAGUACUUACAGAAUUACCUAAAAGAAUCUCUGCAGAUACAGAAAAAGGUAGCAGAGCUGGAGAAUGAAAAUCUAACCCUUAAGACCAAAAUAAAACCUCUGGUCUUUACCACACAAUCUCUGAUACAGAAAAUUGAAAUAUAUGAAAAGCAACUUAAGGAUUUGGUUGAAGAGAAGAACACUAUUCAGUCCCAAUUAAUUAAAGCAGAAGAAGAUGGCAAAGAAUGUAUUAAAGAAUUGAAAAAAGUAAUUAGUCAAUAUAAUGUUCUCCAAGGACAAAAUAAAACUCUAGAGGAAAAAAAUAGUCAACUUUCUUUGGAGAAACAACAAAUGAUAGACACAUUAGAUAAACUGAAAAGUAAAGAACAGAAAACUCAAAAUGAUAUGGCCAUUGUCAAUAAUGAAUAUAAUCGAAUGAGCAUAGAAAUGGAAUCAAUGAAAACAAAUAUUCUGUUGAUACAAGAUGAAAGGGAAAUGUUAGAGAAGAAAACCUACCAGCUCCUAAAGGAAAAAAGCUCGCUUGAAAAUGAACUAAAAGAAAACCAGCUAGAGAUAGUGCAGCUGAAAGAGAGAGAAAGAUUGGCAAAAUCUGAACAAGAGGCACUGCUUCAAAUAAUAGAAACCGUCAAUAAUGAAAAAGUUAGUCUUGCAACAACAUUACAAGAAUCUACUGCUGCCAGGCAAAUGAUGGAAAGAGAAAUUGAGAACAUUCAAACAUACCAGUCUACGACUGAAGAGAAUUUCCGGAAUGAAAUAAAAAAUGCAAAAUCAGAAGCAAGUAUUUAUAAGAAUAGUUUAUCCGAAAUGGGCAAUGAAUGUGAAAUGUUAUCAAAAAUGGUCAUGGAAAUUAAAACAGAUAAUCAGAUUCUAAAAGAAGAACUAAAAAAACAUAGUCAGGAAAAUAUAAAAUUUGAAAGCAGCAUCAGUCGACUUGCAGAAGACAAAAUACUUUUAGAGAACUAUGUGAGAAGUAUAGAGAAUGAGCGGGACACCUUGGAGUUUGAGAUGCGGAAUCUUCAAAGAGAAUACUUAAAUCUAACUCAAAAAAUGUGUGGCCAGCAUGGUGAUCUAUCAAAAAUGGGUUACAUAUCAAGAAGAGAGAAAUUCUAUUUUGACAACUAUGAUACUUAUGGAGACACCUCUGGUCCCAGGAAUAGGCCUUUAGCUCCUGAAUUGAAAGGAAUUCCAAGUAAACUGUAUCAAUUGCUUCCAUCCAAGAGAUGUAAAUAAAUUUCUAAAAUCAAUGUUUCAACA